UGCUGGCCAUAACACUGCAGCCAUCUUGCACAGCUCAUCGAGAGUGAAAUCUCUUAAAUGUGGUUGGAUAGCUUGUUGCAAACCACGUUAUUACUCGACCAACGCUCGCACGGUACAUUUCUGAAACGGAACAGUUAUCGUGAUAGCAUAAACAGGCCGGCGACGAAGUGACAUUUGAUGAAAACGUUUCGUCUCCGGUACGAUGUUGUUCCGUCUCAUGCAUCCCCUGGAAUGACAGCUGAAGCCAUUGGUACCGCCUUUUACGAUGUGGAGCAGCCAAUCACAGCGCGCAGAAAUCCCUGCUCGGAGACGGUUAGUUGUUGUGCGCAGGCGCAUGUCAGUUGGUAAGUACCUCACUUCUCAGAAGCUCGCAGGAGUGUGAAGAUGGCGGUUGGCCCCGGCCCGCUGGAUGAGCCUGUUUCACACACAGAGGUGAAUAAAGCGGUAGUUUGUCGUCCUGUACAGGUUGUUGAGUCACAGCUGUCCUUCUUGUGUCACAACAACCACUGGGGUAGGCACGAGGCAGCCGGUAAUUACACGGCUAUAGUUCCGGGACAAGGGGGUAACGCGAGCUAAUGUCCAGCUGGGACUUGGUCAAGACGAUUGCCGAAGCAGGUACGCUGUAACUAACGUUACUAAUGUUGUUUUCCUCUUUGUCUCUCCGAGUGUACACGAAAAGCAAGCGCCGGAGGUGACAGAGAAAAACAGUACAUGUGUCAAGAGUCUUGCCCCAUCACAUUCAAGAUUGUUUGUGCUCCUUCUAAACAAGUUUACAGUGCAGGGGGUCUCAUCAUAACGAGCUCCCCAUGGUUCAACUAUGGAUGCGUCGACGGCCAGCACGGACUCCACCGCGGGACACGACCCUAGCAAAACACUUGUUGUUAGUGGCGCUGUAACUUCUCUCCCCAAUCACCAGGGGAAAGUAGGCUCGUACUCAGUGCACACUUUCAAUGGGAGCCAAACUAUGAGCUCUCACAAUUCAGGAAGCAGCGCUGCCCCUCUUGGGGAGACGACAGUCACAAGUGGAGCUGGUAACGGCGGCAGCACUGCGAUAUCUGUCACAUCUGUCAACAGUGGACCAGCGACGUCAAAAGAGCUGGCCGGUGCGAUAAUGCCCCCGUCGUCCAACAGUGUAAUUCAGACGCCUCUCAUGAACUCACAGAGUGUUGUCGCUUCAGCUCAGCCUGUGAGCCAGGCGGCGGGACCCACUGUGGCACUCGUCCGGCCGCCUAUGCAAACCGCGGGUUCGGGCGCAACUUUGAAUGGGAACAAUGCGAGCCCUGUGGUGGCUGCCAAUACGACAGGUCAGACAGGUAUCGCCAUACAAACCCCGCUUGUAAACAAUAGCCAGCCGCCCAACUCGGUGUCUGUCAGUGCAGGGUCUCACAUAAUCAAGGCAGAGCCACCCGCAACAAUAAUACAGUCCGCACCGCAGCUGGCGGUCACUUCCAGCGCUCCCCGGGUUCCGGUGACGGGAGCUGCUGGUCCAGGCGGUGUCCGAGCCCUGACGCCCCAGAUGUUGGCCCCAAGGCUCCCCCAGACCUCCCCAGGACAGCCCAGUAUACAUAACAUCCAGCUCCCCCCGGGGAUGGUGCUUGUACGCAGUGAGAGUGGACAGCUGCUGAUGAUUCCUCAGCAGGCUCUGGCCCAGAUGCAGGCACAGACACAGGGAGGCAUGGCACCUCGGACAGCUACACCAACAAACGUGUCUCCUGGCCAGACUCCUGGAAACACUGUCAUCAACAGACAAGUGGCUCCCAGCACUAUCAUCCGGCAGGGCUGUCCAGCUCCAACGUCACUCCCUUCGACCACUGCUCUUCACAGACCUCCUAUCUUUCAGAACUCAGUUGGGGCUGCAGUAUCAGGAAUGACCCCCAGGACCGUCAACCAAACAGCUGGAACAACAGUUACCUCAGUAACAGCGAGCAAAGAGACAAUGGAGAAUGUGAAGAAAUGCAAGAACUUCCUGUCAACAUUGAUCAAGCUGGCGUCCACUGGGAAGCAAUCAACAGAGACUGCUGCCAGUGUGAGAGAGCUGGUCAAGGACCUGCUGGAGGGAAAACUGGAAGCUGAGGAAUUCACCAGCAGAUUAUACAAAGAGCUAAACUCCUCACCACAACCUUACCUUGUGCCUUUCCUCAAGAGAAGCCUCCCAGCCUUGAGGCAGCUCACCCCAGACUCAGCAGCCUUCAUCCAGCAGAGUCAGCUCCCCCAGCUGGCCUCAGCUCCAGUUUCCUCCACCUCUACCACCCCCACCACGGUGGUCCUGGGCAGCCCAGGCCCCCGCCUCACUGCUCCAGUCAGCAGGCCCCAGCUGCAGCCUGGAGUUGGCAGACCAGGGCAGACCCCCACACUGGUUCUUCAGCCUCAGCAGCAGAGAGCAAUUUUGAGACCUCAGGUAACCUUACCGACGACCCCCAUGGUGACUCUCAGGAAUCAGGCCCCUGGCCGCAUCAUACUCGGACAGCAGCAGGUCCAGCUUAAAGAGCUGCAGCCAGUUCCUGUGAGGCCAGAGGUGCCGCCUGUUUCUAAACAAGUCUGUGCUGCAGCCUUGACCCCGGCUCAGAAGAACAAGCUGAAAGAGGCGGGUGGUACUUUCAAAGAUGAUGACGAUAUCAACGACGUGGCCUCCAUGGCUGGAGUGAACCUAUCAGAGGAAAGCGCUAAUAUCCUAGCAACCAAUUCUGGACUAGUGGGAGCUGUGACACAUUCCUGUAAGGAUGAGGCUUUUCUCUCCUGUGCCAUGCUACAGAGGAGAAUGCUGGAGAUUGGCAGGAGGUAUGGUGUGACAGACCUGGGUGCAGAGGUGGUGAACUAUGUCUCCCAUGCUACUCAGCAGCGGCUCCAGAACCUGCUGGAAAAAGUUACCCAAGUGGCCCAGCAGAAAAAUGUCAAUUUCAAGGAGGAUGGCAACUUUGAACAGAGUAGUGAUGUUCGUGCUCAGCUCAAGUUCUUUGAGCAGCUGGACCAGUUAGAGAAACAACGCAAGGAGGAACAGGAGAGAGAGAUCCUCCUAAAGGCAGCUAAGUCUCGAGCUCGGCAAGAGGACCCAGAGCAGCUGCGUCUGAAACAGAAGGCAAAAGAGAUGCAGCAACAGGAGCUGGCUCAGAUGAGACAGAGGGAGGCCAACCUGACUGCUCUGGCAGCCAUUGGUCCCAGGAAGAAGAGGAAGAUUCUGGACUCUCCAUCUUCCUCUGCUGUAGCUGAGGGAUCAGGAUCAGGUCCCUCUCUGUCUGGUGGGGCUGGUUCUUCCGGCUCCAGACCCACACGGCAGCGCAUCACACGUGUCAAUCUCAGGGACCUGCUCUUCUGUUUGGAGAACGAGAGAUAUUCAAGUCACUCCCAUUUCCUCUACAAGGGCUUUCUCAAAUAGGCUUGAUGUCAGAGAGAAGAGGAGGAGGAGAGGGGAAAGGGGGGAAAUGAAGUGUGUGGAGAGACCAAACCACUCCCACCACAGAGAGAGCAUAAGAGACUCUUAUAAAUGAAGAGGAGGAGAGCAGAGACUUGGCACAUUUCAAGGUCUUUCAGAUAUACAUGAACCUGAAAUACAGUAGUAGCCAUAUUGGAUGGCCUCUCUACCUCUCUCCUCAAAUAAUGCCUAUUUUCUUUCAGAGCAGGCAUGGACUAAUGCCCCUUUAUUUACCAUUUACAAAUUCUUUUUCAAGAAAGUGCAAAAAUAGACACGUUUUAUUAUUUUUGUACAAACAAAUGACUAAUUUGUACUAGUAUGCACUGUCACACAGUACAGUUUAUUUUCUGAUUAUUUGUAUGUGCAUUAGGCUUUAAAGCAAAGGAAAUCAACAAAUUUGUUUUAAUAGAACACCAACUAAUUUUAUUGAAUAAUGAUUUUAGUUUGAACUCCAAACUGUGUAACCUACUGAGUUGCCUUCCUAACUAUGAAUAAGCCAUAUAGCCAUCCCGAAGCAAUUAACCUUUCUGUAAUUAAUGAAGCCGUAGCUCGCUGUGUAUCUGUCAUCUCCUUUACUUUAUUUGAUUUUGUUUUUCAGCAUAUUUAUUUACUAAAUUCAAGCUUAAAUUAAUGUUUAGUUAUUUAUUUAAUUUCAUGAGACACCUCAGUUGUUUUCACGUAGCUUUGAUUCAAAACAAAAUGUGCAUUUACUUGCAUAGGAUAUGUUUAAAAUCUGUUUUGACAUUUUGUUUGGUGUAUAGUUUUCAGUGUGUGAAGAGAGACUUGUUUAUUUGUGUUUUUUUAAUCUGUUAAACUGUUCUUUUUAAAACUAGUUUGACAUGUAUUGAUUUCUAAAACAAACGGCUUUUAGCCAGUAUUGCUAUACCAAACACACAUCUACUAGAAACUGAUUUCUAUUUUUGUAGCUGCCCACCAACACACAUUUUUACUCUUUUAAUAGUGACGGACUGUGUCCUCCAGCUCAAGCAACUGGAGUUUCUUCCUGUAUAUUUGUAAAUGUUACACCUAAGGUUUUACACACAGUUUUGUAUAGAAUGGAGAAUUUACCCAUACAGCAUAAAGAAAAACAAAAAUUCUCUAUUGAAAAGUUUGAAUAAAUAAUGAUUUUACAGUAA